AUCUGCCUCCAUCACAACACACUGUAGGGGGCGGUAGCACGUCCAAUUGAAUCGGUUUCAAAAUGUGUAAUUUUAUUGAAAUAAGCUCUGGUUGAUAGAUCCCAUAUGCUGAAUUUACAAGUAGACCUUAACGACUCAGAAAGGGUGGCAAGUCAUGUUUUAUGAGAGCAGCGCAUGGAAUGAACACAAAAACCGAGGGACUUCAUCUCCCCUUUCUAUGCCCUCCAAGAAACCACAGCAGUGGCUGCAAGUGGUCGGACAUGCAGGGACCUUCCGUGUCGGGGAAUAUGGAAUGCUCUUGAAGAAAUUUUGUGAGGGGGAGCAGCAGUGCUUCCAGAAGCUGAUGGAGGACACGCUGAAGCCCUACGUGCCAGCCUACCACGGCGUGGUGCAACAGGACGAGCAUGACUACAACAUGAUGGACAACCUGCUGACCCAUUUCAACUCCCCUGCCAUUAUGGACUGUAAGAUGGGCAGCCGUACUUACCUUGAGGAGGAGCUGGUUUUGGCACGGGAGCGGCCCCAGCCCCGCAGAGAUAUGUACGAGAAGAUGGUGGCUGUGGAUCCAGAGGCCCCGACGGCUCAGGAGCAAGCCCAGCAGGCAGUGCUGAAAACCAGAUACAUGCAGUGGAGGGAGAGCCUGAGCUCCACAACAACACUGGGCUUCCGCAUUGAGGGGGUCAGGAAGGCAAAUGGAGAAUGCCGCACAAACUUUAAAAGGACCAAAAGCAGAGAGCAGGUGAUGGACGCGCUUAAAGACUUUGUCGAUUCCAACACACAAAUUGCGAGAGGCUAUCUAAGACGGCUCAAACAGUUGCGACAGGUGCUGGAGACUUCAGAUUUCUUCAGAACUCAUGAGGUGGUAGGCAGCUCCUUGUUGUUUGUGCAUGAUGGAACAGGCAAAACAGGAGUGUGGAUGAUUGAUUUUGCAAAGACGGCGGCCCUCCCGCCGCACCUCACCUUGGACCACCGCUCUCCCUGGGUGGAGGGGAAUCGAGAAGACGGCUACCUCUGGGGCCUGGACAACCUCAUUGACAUACUGACAAACAUCCUGCCGCUCACCUGAACGCCACUCUGAUGGUGUGUGGGAGCUCCCUCUGUUGACUUUUAAACCCUCAUACCUUCCUGACACAGUUAGAGAUCUUUGAAGUGGACUCUGUAGAGGGCUUUAGCAGAUCAGGGAUGUCAGGAUGUCAGUGUUAGGUACAUGCAGAGAGCACAUUGAACCAGCAGUUAUAAGCUACACACAGCAGACGCCUGCCUCUCCUAGUUUGAAAUGAGCAUUUUGAACAUGACACCGUAUCAGCAGAAUGGUGCUAAGACUUCAAUGCAAAAAUAAACACCGGUGGCCUGAUAAAUAAGUUAAGCUUUUUUCUUUAAUUUCAUUUUCCUCAUAAGGUCUAAUGAUCCAUUGCAUUUAAAUUCACAGUACUUUGGCUAAGUAUAUUUACAUGGUAUUUUGUUAACACAACAGUGUCUGCCAUAAUGACUUGCUAAUUAGGUUGUGAAAUUGUUUAUUGAAUAAGAGGUAAAUUGCACCUUUAAGAAAGCAGUAAUUCACAGGAACCUUUGCAUGCCUCUCGUUCUGCAAACUUUCAUCCUCUACAUUAUUUUAGCCUUAGGGCCCAAUCUCUAAUUGAAGAAUGGGCUUGCCAGUAGCCAAACAAAUGGCUCUGUUUGGAUAGAGACGUUUUUAUAUGGAAAUGUUCCCAAUUACUCGUGUUUCAUCUACAGUUCAAACUCUUAAGACCUAAAUGCACUGAGAGCAAAAAUAAAUACACAUCGUCUGUUAUUGCAGUUGUCAUACAGCAGCAGGCAAAUUUGAGGCACUGGCGCCUGCAUUUAUUACCAUGACAAGUAACGUCACUAUACAAUAUUUGUGCCUCAUCUAUUUGGAGACCAACCACUAGCCUGCAGGGUGGAUUAUAUUACUUAUAUUUUAUGCAUCUGAUCAACUGUUUGAUUUAACUUGAACUGCCUACUUAGUUAAACUCUUCAUAUAGCCUACAUCUAGAAAGAUUAAAGCAUGCAUGACGUGUUUUUGCCUCAAGACAGAUCAGUUUAAGAGAAUGCAACAAGACCCAAAAUUUAAAAGGUGAAAUAUUGUGAAUUGGAGGCCCCAUCUUUUGUUUUUGUUUUUUUAAUGCAGUUUAUACUGACAAAAAUGUAUGAUUAGAGUUAGAGACAGUAAUGUAAGUUGUGCUGCAGACUCCCUUCUUCCAGGCUGUUUCUGAGUUAUAAAAACCUUUUUGAAAGAUCCUGUUCAUCUUAGUAUACAAGUCAGAGAUUGCAGCAUUUAGCUCUUUCUUUUGGCACUGUUCUUAGUUUUGUUUGGCAAAGACCUUAUGCUGUAUUAUCAAUUAUAGCAACAUAUAACUAGACAAAAGUUGUUCAUAGACAUUAAAACUACAACAAGUAAAUCUUAGACAGUGAUGUUAAUGGAUGGGUUUUAUAUCUCUAGACAACAGCAGCCAGCUCUCGAAAGGCAAAAUCUGACAGAGAAGAGAGAAAUCAAAAAAAUGUGGAUCACAAUUCAUUUUUAUACAUGAUUAACACAUGAUUUUUUUAACAUGAUUUUUUUUUAAAGAAAACAUUUGUAUGAAUUUGUAAAAUGAUAUAAAAAAAAUGCCAUAAUUAACUUAAUUGACA